AUGUUGGCCUCAUCCCUACUACUCAUCGCCUCUCUCGGGGCAGGCCUAGUCCAGUCCAAGCCUACAUUAGACGAGCUAUAUCUGGAAAAUGCCCCGUCGGCGCCCCGGCCUUAUGUCAUCCCUCACUAUGCGAACUCGCAUGCAGUGACUAUUGACAGCCAGCUCUAUCGUUUCGCCGUCACCGGCCCCUCGUCCGGAUAUGCCUUCACUCUGAUGAGCACAAACGCGCCCUCUAGUGGAUCGCUGGGUGUGUUGCCCCAUACCCAUCGGACGCACUAUGAGAAUUUCUUCUCCUUCAAGGGCCGCUUUCAACUCUGGGCGCAGAAGGGCGAUGGCGAACAGCAGGCGCGCCUCCUCACCCAGGGCGACUAUGGAUCGGUGACCAGAAACACGACUCACACAUUCCAGAUCUUGGAUCCUGACACCGAGAUGGUGGGAGUAAUCGUUCCUGGAGGUUUCGAGGAUCUUUUCUACGCUCUGGGCACCAAUUUUACCUCGGGCACGAACACGCCCUAUGUUCCUAAGGAUUAUAAUGAUUCUUCUUCGUCAGGUCCUAACUCCGCCACCAUUUCCGCCUUGAAACAAUACGAUGUUUACGCGCAGCUAGACUUUACGCCACGUCGGGAUCUCGUCAACGGUACAGCUCCUGUUGGCAACACCGAAUGGCACACGGGCGACAAUGCGCUGGGAACUCCUGGAAAGCCGUACUUCAUUGCCAAUGGCUAUGGGCCGAAGUAUCUGAACUCUCAGCACGGAUACCAAAUCGUCCAGCCAUUGGUCACCCCCAAGCAGGCCCAGGAUACUAACUAUACCCUCUCGACCAUCACUCUCAGCCGGCAGACGAAGAACAGCCCUCCUUCGUGGACCCUGGCGGGUGCGGCGGCCUUUGAGGUGGUGGAGGGAUUAUUAUCCAUCCAAAUUGGCGAUUACCCUGAGGCACAAUUGACCACGGGUGAUGUCGCUUUUAUUCCAGCCGGCGUGUCCUUCACUUACUACAGCACCGUCGCAUUCACCAAAGUUCUCUACGUUAGCAGCGGGAGCAACGGGGUGGAUCGGCAAUUGAUCGAGGCAGGAAAGACCUGGGAUUUUGUCACUUUCCCGACAUACUAG